UAAUGCGAGUCCUUUUGUUGAUCGCGCGUAAAAUUAUUUGGUGCAACGUUAAUUUCUAUUUGUAUGUUUAAAAGCAGUUAACUUUACGAAACUUAAGUAAUUUUAAAUACAUUUUAAGCUCAUAAAGAAUUUCAAAGAAAUGGUUUUCUGACUAUAAGUACAUAAUAAGUUGUGAAUGAACUUUGCCAAGUUGGUGCCAUAAAACCAUCCGUUUAAUGUUAUUUCCAUUUCGCAAACCCAUUACAAGGAACUAUAUUUCCGAAUUCAUGAAACAAUUAUACUACGUUGACAACUAUAUUAUUCGAGUCGAGUGCUAUGUUGUAAUAAUCGUGUCCUUUAAGUUAACUUGUUCCACAGCUUAUUUGCUGCACCUGUGUCUUUUCAGUCUUGGAUUGCAUUCCAUAUAUUUUAUUGCAUUGGACACGUAAUUGCAUUGAUAUGGCCAUUUUGCACUCCUGCUGCUUUUGGAAGACGGUUCGUAAGGGAAGUUAUGCGAGUGCAAUUUAUACUUUGAUAUAUUUUGGAGGCUCGAGUUUUAUGCUUUUGCAAUACAUUCAAGAGGAACAAGAGUAUUUAACAGGAAAAAUUAAAAAGCCAAUUGGAGAGAGUAUUCUAGAACAAGGUGAUGUUUCUCCAACAAGUGUGAUAUUCAACAUAGUCUUCCUUGUAUGUUCUUUAUGCUUGGUAUGUUCUUCAAUAUUGGUGAUCUUGGGAAUUUGGAAAGACAGGCCCCAGCUACUUUUACCUUGGACAUUUUUCAUGUUUGCUGAUAUAUUCAUUGAAUUCUUCCAUUUGGUGUACUUGGUUAAGCUUAAAAGGCUUAUGUUUGUCCCUCUGGUCAGUGUGGUGUUAACUCUUGAUUUCUUCAUAUUGUGUCUAAAUGUUUAUUGUUUACUUUGCGUAAUAUCGCAAUACCAGGAAUUCAAAAGUGGAAGGUUAAAUUCUGACGUGAUUUGCUGCAUUAGACCAAGUGAAAUCGGUUCUGUAAGCAAUAGCAGCCGCAAUGUAAUUCAGCAGUUUCAAUUAGCAGUCAGUCCAUAUCCUUACCAACAAACGAACUUCUCUGUUAUUCCAGAGGAAUCCGAAUCAAAUCCAAGUCUUCGUGAAGGAGGAUUUUAAGUUGAUUAAUUGUUAAUUUUACUGUUUAUGUUAUAAGUAUUCCCCUAUAAGAUAAAUUAACAAAACCUAAAACACCCACCGUACGUAGUUUAUGUAAAAUUUUAGGUGGACAUUAGUUUUGA